UUAACCCCCACUAUGUGACCCCCUCCUGCCGCCAAAGCUGGAUCCGCCCUUGAUAGAAAGUAUCUUUUUGCAGAGGCGAAUGCUUCAUGUAUUCUCCGCGCCCCGGAAGUCCUACAAUUUUAUUUGCGGCAACACCAGGCAACACUACAAUUCGAUCAAUAACUUUUGAUUUGAACACCUUUUCUCUUUAGCUCGCAAUAUCCUUAUUGUUUUAAUUCUUUUUAAAAUCAGGGUUUUUAAAUAUCAACUCCUGCUAAGAGAUACGAAGAAAUGUCUUGUAAUUAUUGCGAUGUAAAAUUUUCUGUACUUCGCGUCGAAAAACGUUGUCCAAGUUGCGGUUUUAGUUUUUGUCCAAAAUGUUUGGAUAAUACAAUUUUUGUCAAACAAUUAAACACGCAUAAAAAGGUUUGCGUUAAAUGUUCACAAUAUAGUUCAUCGGGAGAUGUGCACGUGAUACCUCCUCCUGAUUUUUGCAAAAAAAAUGAAUCUGAAAAGAAAAAUCCAACCAAGUCUAAAUCAAAUGCAAAUAAGGCAGAUGUAAACGCACCAAGUACUUCUGAUGAUCAUAAAAAAAUUAAUAAACAUGGUUCUGAUAGAGCGGCUAACUCAGGGCCAUCAAGAAACGAUUAUUCAAGUGAUGACUGGUCAGAUGAAUCUGAUGAUAUGGACUUGGAGGCUUUUGCAAAAGGUCUAGAGAUAGAAAGAGAAAAUCAAAGGAUUGCCAAUCAAAUACACAGGGAAAAUUAUCCCCAUUUAUAUGACAAGUCACUACUUAUUAAGAUAGAUCACACAAGAUCAACAGAUGAAAUCCUCAGAGAUGCUAUAAAACAGUUACAAACAGGUGCGUGGGAGAAUGUUGAAGUUAACCGCAAUAGACCACCAAAGUGUACAAUUUGUUCUACGAAAGCUCUGGUACACUGCAAAGGAUGUGAAAGUACAUUUUGCAUGAAAUGUUUUGAUUUGCAUGCAGAUCCUGUUUGUAAUAAAUAUGAAACUAUUGAGCAACAAGAAGAGGAUUGAAUUUAAAUUAAUGCCAAUAUGGCUUCCAGUUCUAAAGAUUUUAAUCUUAGUUUGUUCUUUUGUCUAUAUAGGUAAGCAUAUAUAUUCACUAACACUCAUACUAUUACUAUUUAGAAUUUGCUUGCCCUCGAAAUAAAAUAAUUGUAUAUACAUCUUUUGCAAUAAUCAUUUAAAAAAUAUCAGA